AUGCCCUCCCGCAAUGUCCGCCCAAAAUCAAAAACCCCCGCGAACGAAUUCAAGGCCAUUGCGGCAGAAUGGGCCCGCGCAAAGCAAUUGAAAGAGCUUGAAGAUGCUGUACAGAAGAAGCCAGAAUCAUCUACCUCUGAUGAUGCGCGGCAUCUAACUCUCGAAGCUCAUCGAAAGAAAGCUUUUGAGCGCCGUUGUUUUUGGACUAUAGGUUUUUGGGGCUGGCUGCUCUGUAUCCACAUCAUUGGCAUAUUACUCUUUACCAGCGGUUUCCUUUUGACCAGAUUGGUCUUGGAUGAACAGUCAGAAUGCGACAACCCGCCUAUAGAGCCGUUAUUGGAAUGGAAAGGGAAGGGUACCGUGGAUGGUGGCUGUUGGCACCCCAAGACCUUCGACAAAGCUGUUAUUGUAUUGGUGGAUGCUUUGCGAUACGAUUUCACGGUCCCGGUUGAAGAGGACGACCAUGCUGAAGUUUACCACAAUGCGCUUCCUUUCCUCUACGAAACUUCCGUUAAAUCGCCAGGAAAUGCUUUUCUACGACCAUUUAUCGCGGACCCCCCGACUUCUACUCUUCAAAGACUGAAAGGUCUAACCACGGGCACUUUGCCUACGUUCAUGGACAUAGGUUCCAGUUUUGCGGGGACGGCUAUAGAGGAGGAUAAUCUAUUAAUACAGUGGAGGGCUCAAGGAAAGCGAAUAGCUCAUUUAGGAGACGAUACUUGGACCGCAUUAUUCCCCGAUUAUUUCCAACCUAACAUCAGCAGGGCCUACGACAGCUUUAAUGUUUGGGAUUUACACACUGUUGACAAUGGAGUCUUGGACCACAUAUUCCCGUUGUUAAAGCCCGAUCAGACACAAAAAUGGGACGUUCUCAUAGGGCAUCUUCUUGGCGUGGACCAUGCUGGCCAUCGGUAUGGACCCAAUCAUGCUGCGAUGACUGCCAAGCUUCAACAGAUGAAUGGUUUCAUUCAAAACCUUACGAAGGAAAUCGAUGAUAAUACGUUAUUGGUAGUUAUGGGUGAUCAUGGAAUGGAUAGCAAGGGCGACCACGGUGGUGAAAGCGAUGAUGAGGUUGAGGCUGCGCUGUGGAUGUAUUCAAAGAAGCCAGUAUUCGGUCGUACACAACCCGAGUUCAAAACUCCACCAGCAACGGCUAAGAUCCGGCCUGUAAACCAGAUCGAUCUGGUUCCAACCUUGGCUCUACUCUUGGGUAUUCCUAUACCAUAUAAUAAUCUUGGCCGACCGAUCGAAGAAGCAUUCAUUGGUCUCAAAGGAAGUGCCUGGGAUGUUCUCGCAGCCGCCUCUAGUAUAACGUCGGCCGGAAUCAGGAGGUAUCAAGCAUCAUACUUCAAGGCCCGUGGUAUCGAGCAGAGCACGAAGCCUGGGUCCCCUGCAUCACUCUGGAAGGAUGCCGAGGCCCUCGUCCAAGCAAGCACUAAAUCUAGAUCGUGGCAAGCUCUAUACAAUGCUUAUACUACGUAUCAGCAGGAGACGCUAAGAAUCUGCAAAGAGCUAUGGGCUAGCUUCGAUGUCCCGAAGAUGAUACUGGGCAUCGUGACCAUGGCAUUCGGAGUGGUCGUAUUAUUACUCUACGUUUCGAGGGAUGAAGACGAAGAUUUUGCAGUCCUGGAUAACGCCGAGCUGGACUUUGCCGAGAGGAGCCUGGAAUUACAGAGUUCGUUGGCAGAGCCAGAGGGUGCAUCUUACAAAAGUUUUAGCAAGUCUCUCGCUAAGACUGGACUUCUAAGCGGUAGCAUAAUAGGAGUUCUAAGCUUAGGGUUUAUUCAGAUCACCGGAUCUGAGGAAUGGAUAUUAGCAGCCGGCGCAACAGCUAUUGGAAGCAUGCUCGCCGUGACUGGUGUUCUGUUACAGAUUCGUGGGAUACGCAUACUCAACCUACUACCGAAUACACCCUGGGGAUGGUUAUCCGUUGUCUUCACAUUAAGCCAAUCUAUCGGCUUUGCAUCUAACUCGUACACUAUCUGGGAAGAUUCAAUCUCACUAUUUUUCCUCUCGACAUUUGGUUUCGCAAGCGCAGUCGCCUCGCUUCAACUACUAUCAGUACGCGAUCGAACUCUAGGCGUUUAUCACUCCAUCUUAUUUGUUAUCCUUGGACGGGUGGCGUCUUUCUCGAAACUAUGUAGGGACGAGCAGAUGCCAUACUGCACGUCGACGUACUACGCAUCUGCCAACUCAUCAACCUCGGCUCCUUGGCAAUUGGCUAUUCCAUUCCUAGUGUUCCUCAUCCUCCCGUCUAUUAUCAAGUCAUAUCUAGAAAGCUCGCGGUCAUACGAGGGUCUCGCACCCAUGUGGAUCGGCACCGUCUUCCGAACCGGCCUUUUUCUCACCGCCGUAUACUGGACCUUAGAUGCGGCGGAUAAUGCAGACUGGCUCACUUCGAUCCCGGAGAAGAUGCUAAAGACUAUCCACGUCUUCAUCGCUCAACUAGUUCUAGCCGUAGCCGUCGCAGCCGGCACUACAGCCUUCAUUUGGGCUCCUCCCUGUGUUAAAAUCUUCACAACCGCACCUAAUAGCAGUAGAGCGCAAAUCACUGUCCUCGGUUUCGGCAAUGCUAACGGCGCGCGGUAUCUCUUCCUCCCGAUCAACAUCGCCGCCGCCUGCAUCCUCCUCUCGAAACCCAUGGGCGGCGGCGCCCUCGCCAUCAUGCUCUGGCAAAUCCUCUCUUUAGCCGAGAUCGUCGACCUAAACGACCUCUCCGCCGAAACCAUCGGACCCGUAACAUUAGCACUACUCGGCAACUUCCACUACUUCAAGACGGGCCACCAAGCCGUCCUAGCAUCCAUCCAAUGGGACAGCGCAUUCAUCCCCCUACUCACCUUGCGCUAUCCCUGGAGCCCCCUCGCCGUCGCCCUCAACACCUUCGCCGGGCAGAUCCUAGCUGUGACCUCCGCCCCGCUCCUAGCCCUGUGGAAAACCUCGCCCAAGCGUCGCGGUGUCCUAGAAACCGCCAGCCGCGCGCUCGCCGCGCUAGUCGCGUAUUACGCCGUGCAAAGCCUUGCGACCAUGGCGUGGGCGGGCCACCUCCGCAGACAUCUCAUGCUGUACCGCGUGUUCAACCCGCGGUUCAUGAUGGCGGCUACGGUGUUGUUGGUGGUGGAUCUGGUUGCUAUCGGGGUCGCGCUGUUGGGCGUUAGGACGAACGUCCUCGCCAUCAGCGAGGUCUUCGGGUUCGCGGAUUAG